CCAAUCUCUCGGUGUCCCCCUUUAUCGGCGCACUGCUGCUAUCAAUUAAUCAGAGCUUAGCGCCGCAGGGCGGAGGAUGAGGUGAUCGCCUAUCCGGCUGCGUCCGACUUCCGAUGUCGGAGAUAGACGAUUUUAUUGCUGCUCCGAACUUCUAUUUAUCUCUCCUCUGAGUUUCAGUCAUUUGUUCUUGUUUUUCUUUUCCGAUUUUUAGGUUUUCUUUUUAACAGAUUAUUGGUCGCGUGAUCGACGGAUAGGUGAAACAGGGUUUUCGGGUGAUUUGUCGUUGAUCAUCAAGCGGAAAGAAAACCAGCCAUGACUGGAAAGGCAAAGCCUAAGAAGCACACGGCCAAGGAGAUCGCCGCCAAGGUCGAUGCUGCUACCACUAACAGAGGAGGAGGCAAGGCAGGGCUCGCCGACCGUUCCGGCCUCGACAAGGGUGGCCACGCCAAGUUCGAAUGCCCUCACUGUAAGAUCACUGCUCCUGAUGUCAAAUCUAUGCAGAUACACCACGAUGCUAAACACCCUAAGAUCCCCUUCGACGAGGCCAAGGUCGUCAACUUGCACGCCAGCCAUUCCGUCGACCCAGCUAAGCCACGUCCUGGUGUCCGUGGAAGUUUUAAGAAGUAGAGGGAUGCCUCUUGUUCCUUUUGGUUCAUCUCUUCCCUUCUUUUAUUUUCUUUCUACAAAGUAUAUUAGUAGGAGUCUUGGGAAUGUUAGAACCCAUUACUACCCUUCUUACUUCUUCUGGUGAGGCCAUAAAUCUAAGGUGGGGAGGGUUUACAAAGAUUCCUUCUAAAGAUCCAAGGAGGUAACUCUUUUAAUGUCUAUAAGUUGGUUGCUUCUGUUUCAUGAAUCGAACAUAUGUUACAUAUCUAUCCUUUUGUUGUAAACUGCUCAAUUGAUGCCCUAAUAUUUGUGAAUCAGUGUGGUUAUGCAUUCUCAAUAGAUGUCCUAUUUCUUGGUAAA